AUCACAGCAGAGCAAAUUAACUACACAUUCCCCUGUUUUGGCUCCCCUGUUUAACCAAGAAGCUUCCAAUGGCACCCCAUGCAUCUUCUUUUGCUCUAGUUCUUCUCAUUUUUCUCUUUGUUGAAAUGCACUUCCAUGGUGCCACUGCUGACUAUGGCGGUUGGCAGGGUGGUCAUGCUACUUUCUAUGGUGGUGGUGAUGCUUCUGGAACAAUGGGAGGUGCAUGUGGCUAUGGGAAUUUGUACAGUCAGGGAUAUGGAACCAACACUGCAGCUCUAAGCACUGCUUUGUUCAACAAUGGCUUGAGUUGUGGGGCAUGUUAUGCAAUGAAGUGUGAUGAUGACCCAAGAUGGUGCAAGCCUGGCACCAUAAUUGUCACUGCUACAAACUUCUGUCCUCCAAACUUUGCUUUGGCCAACAAUAAUGGUGGUUGGUGCAACCCUCCUCUACAACACUUUGAUAUGGCAGAACCAGCAUUCCUUCAAAUUGCUCAGUAUAGAGCUGGAAUUGUGCCUGUGGCAUUUAGAAGAGUGUCCUGUGUGAAAAGGGGGGGAAUAAGGUUCACAAUAAAUGGCCACUCUUACUUCAACCUGGUUUUGAUCACCAACGUCGCGGGUGCAGGGGAUGUUCAUGCAGUGUCAAUCAAAGGGUCCAGAACUAGUUGGCAACCCAUGUCAAGAAACUGGGGGCAAAAUUGGCAGAGCAACUCCUACCUCAAUGGACAAAGCCUCUCUUUUCAAGUCACCGCAAGUGACGGUAGAACUGUCACAAGCUUCAACGUGGCACCAUCUAACUGGCAGUUCGGUCAGACCUUCCAAGGGGGUCAGUUUUAGGAGAGAAAAAAAAAUGUUAGCAAGUAACAUUUUCCUAUCGAUCUAAUAUCUAAAUUAGAAAAGAAAAUUAUUAAAUGAAAUGUGAAUCUACUCAAUGACUUUUAAUAAAUUUUAAUUAAUCAUAAUAAAAAAAAUGAUCAAAAAGGUGUUGUUAACAUUUUUAAAAAAAAUCACCAUUAUUAACUUUUUGUUAGUAAAUUUAAAAUGUAACUCACAAGUUAUAAAAUGUGUUUAUAUAUCAUAUCAUGUGGAGAUUAGUUUGGAACUGCAUAGUUCGAGACUAUACAAUAAUGUCUCCAAAAUAAGACUUUGCAAUGUGGGGUAGGUUAAUUUAAAAGCUUGUAGGUAUUGUUGAUGCAAGACUAGCCGAAGAAUGUUAAGAGAGGCAUUUAUUCUUGCAGCUGUGUGAUUCUGUAAAGUAGCUGAGGUGAUUUAUAGCAUAUGUAUUAUGGCACCCGCUGGGGACUUCACAAAUGUAAUGUUAUAUACUUAAAUAUUGAAUUCCAAUUACAAUUAACUUCCAA